UAGCAGUAGUAGAUUGCAUCGAGGCUCAUCAGGCGGAAAUACCUAAAAUCCUCUCCCUCCAAUAACACACACACACAACACCUACUAUUUAAACCCAAUUCACCACACACACAUUACUCACCCCUACACACUCAUUCUCAGAUCCACUUGUUUGAAUAAUAAGGAUCGAAAAUGGCAGCAUCAUCAGCAAGCGCCCUGUCAAUUGGAUCAACAUUGUCCCAUGACUCCAUAACUAACUCACUUUCACAAUCAAGGACAUGUGGUAUGAGUGUUAACUCUAGAACCCGCCUGAUGAGUUUUAGUGGCCUCAAGGCCACAACAUCCGUUGCAUCAGUAUCAUCUUUCCUGGGAAAAGAGAGCACUGCAGUUCUUCGUCACUCUUUUGCCCGGAAAGCUCAAAAUCACCUUCAAUCAUCUCCAGAUGGUCUACAGAUUCAGGCAUCUUUUAAAGUAGCCAUUCUUGGAGCUGCCGGGGGCAUUGGUCAACCAUUGGCUCUUUUGGUAAAAAUGUCUCCAUUAGUUUCUGAUCUCCACCUAUAUGAUAUAGCAAAUGUUAAGGGAGUAGCUGCUGAUCUCAGUCACUGCAACACUCCCUCAAAAGUUCAAGAUUUCACCGGAAAUGAUGAACUUGCCAACUGUUUGAAAGGUGUAGAUGUGGUUGUCAUUCCUGCUGGCGUUCCAAGGAAGCCGGGCAUGACACGUGAUGACCUUUUCAACAUUAAUGCGGGAAUCGUGAAGACGUUGAUUGAAGCUGUGGCUGAUCACUGUCCUGAUGCUUUUAUACAUAUUAUCAGCAACCCAGUUAACUCAACCGUCCCGAUUGCUGCUGAGGUCUUGAAGCAGAAAGGUGUCUACAAUCCAAAGAAACUGUUUGGUGUCACCACUCUUGAUGUCGUGAGAGCAAACACGUUUGUUGCUCAAAAGAAGAAUCUAAAGCUUAUUGAUGUUGAUGUCCCAGUUAUAGGUGGUCAUGCGGGAAUUACCAUUUUACCCUUGCUAUCAAAGACUAAACCGUCCGUUACCUUCACUGAUCAAGAAGCGGAUGAUCUGACUGUUAGGAUUCAAAAUGGUGGAACCGAGGUGGUUGAGGCUAAGGCCGGUGCAGGUUCUGCCACACUCUCCAUGGCUUAUGCAGCUGCCAGAUUCCUGGAGUCUUCUCUUCGCGCACUUGAUGGAGAUAGUGAUGUUUACGAGUGUGCUUUUGUUCAGUCUGAAGUGACAGAACUUCCAUUUUUUGCCUCAAGGGUUAAGCUUGGGAAACAAGGAGUCGAGGCAGUGAUCUCUUCGGACCUUGAAGGAUUGACGGAAUAUGAGCAGAAAGGUUUGGAAGCUUUGAAGGUGGAGUUGAAGGGAAGUAUUGAGAAGGGUGUGGCAUUUGCACAGAAGCAAACCGUAGCUGCUUGAAGGCCAUUGUCAGUUUGAGAGGUGUUCCAGAGAAAGGUAAUAACAUUCGGCAUGUUUCUUCUCCAGUUACCAGUUUUGUAGCAUUCAAAAACUUAUUGCCUGUUGUAGAAUUUGGUUCACAUAUGUAAUGCAUCCCAUUGUAUAACAUGGAAUAAUGUUUUGCUGAUGUUAUUGGCAGCAGAAAAACAUCUCCUUUUUCUUUUUCUUUUUGGAAUUAUAAAUUUAUACAUUUUAAUGCUUUUAUA